UAAAACCAGUCCGAAGUUGCUGUAACAAUACAAUAGCAAUUAGUGAUGAGUUUGAGGAGUUUAAUCCUGAUUGGCACAUUUGUGAUGUAUUCCGAGGUGGAAGCAGGAAGUUCAUGUUUGCGACUUGAAAACAAGAUCUUUAACAACCUAUUAGAUAUGGUUGUGGCCAUAAAGUCUGGAUCCAACAAUCAAGGUGGAAACAAUAGACCCGCCUUUACAGCAACUCUUAAUACUCACCCUCUGACGUUGAGCGGAAAUAAUGUCAUUGUUAAGUUUGACAACGUAGUUUUGAAUCGGGGUGAUGGUUAUGAUCCGAAAACAGGAAAGUUCACUGCUCCAAAGUCUGGCCUCUAUCAGUUUUCCUUCACAAUAAUGUCGAAUAGCGGAUCCGAAUUGCAUAUGGCUGUGGUUAAAAAUGGAAAUUCGAUAAUGAAGCUGUAUGGAUCGAAAAUCCAUGGUGCUACGGAAACUGCGAAUCCAGUCUUGGAGCUAAAGAAAGGCGACAGCGUGUAUUUGACACAUUUGGUCUCUACCUCGCAACAAAUGGUUGGUGCUCACUAUUCUCAUAUGUCUGGAUAUUACAUAGGAGAAUGAGAUAGGUUGAUAAAGUUCAAAUAUUCAAAAUAAAUGAUUUUACUA